GCUUUCGGGAUGCGGGGCAGGAGGCGGGAGAGCUUUCGGGAUGCAGCGGGCGAGGUCCGGCGGUGCUGGCGGCGAGCGCGGGGGGAUCGGGGCACGCGAGGAUCGGGGGUGCGCCCGGCGGGGCUCGGGAAAAGCGGGAGGAACCGGGCAGGACGAGCGAGAGCUUUCGGGAGGGCACGGGGCAGGAGCCGGAGAUGCCGAGGGGGUCACCGGGCAGGGUGUGGGAGCAGCCGGGCAGGAGCUGGGAAGCUUUGGGGUGGCACCGGGAAGGACCGUGGGGUACCGGGGGCGGGGGUCGCAGCACCCACCUGUCUGUGUGCCCCCAGUCCCCUACCCCAUAGGACAGGUUUGGGGGAUAGAAGGGGGGGACGAUCCACCCCCCUCCCCUUUUAGGAGUGCUCAGAGUGGAGAAAGUCUGAGUGUUCCCGGGAAAAGGCAUUGGUACCUUGGAGCUGCCUAACAGCCGCUUCCAGCACCCCCAAACCCGAUGUACCCCCAUAGGGGGACACACCAGGGACACAAAAGUCCGCGGUUCACCUCCCUGCGUGGCACUGGGCAGGAAAUAUCCACUUGUUUUCCCUUGUUUACUGGUGCUGUACAGCCCUCCCAGCUGCUUUUGAGGUGUCUCCUUGGCCAUGCUGGAGGUGCACGUGGGGACGAGCCUGGUGUUCUCCGUGGAGGGGCAGCAGGCAGUGCUGCCUGUCUGGUACACCAGCCUCUCCCAGAAUGAGCCCUACAUCACCUGGAUGCUGAACAAGAAACCGACUCCCUUCCAGAUCCUGUCAUACAUAGGCGGGGUGGUGAAGGUGGAGGAGACAGACCUGAAGUCCCGCGUGGGGUUCCUGUACCCCAUCAUCACCCACAACAUCUCGGUGUUCAUCAACGCCACCCGGGAGCAAGACUCGGGUCAGUACAUGUGCACCGUCAACGUGGUGGACGACCCCAUCAGGAUGCACAAGAACGUCGGCCUCAUCAACCUCACCGUCCUGGUGCCACCGGCCGCCCCCACCUGCCAGCUGCACGGCAGCGCCAUCGUGGGGGCCAACGUCACCUUGAGCUGCUCCUCCAAGAAGGGGAAGCCCUCGCCCAUGUACCAGUGGCAGCGUGAGCCGCCCACCCUGCAGGUCUUCUUUCCCCCUGCCCAGGACCGGGCCAGGGGCACCCUCAAGCUGACCAACCUCUCCCUGGAAAUGUCGGGGGUCUACGUCUGCAGGGCUGAAAACCAGGCAGGCUCUAAGAACUGCAGCAUUGUCCUGGAGGUACACUCAAAAAGCACCAAAGCAGUCAUUGCUGGCGCCGUGCUGGGCUCCCUGGGUGCCCUUGCCACCAUCAUCUUCUUUGCCCAGAAGUUUUUUGGCUACAGGAGGAAAAAGCGUGACAGCCAGGAGGAGGGAGCCAACGAGAUCAAGGAAGACGCCGUGGCACCCAAAACCCCAUCGUGGGCGAGGAGGCCAGCCUCAGACACCAUGUCCAAAACCAGCACCCUGUCCUCCAUCGCGGGCACGCGGCCGGCCUACGGAGCCAGAGCCCCGUCCGACACCGCCUCCAUCCUCACCAGCACCGGCAGCUACCGGGGACCCCCGCCCCGGGCAGGGGGCCGGCCCCCCAGCCUCUCGCCCCCCGCCGCUAACGGGACCCCCCGGCGCCGCCAGGACCCCCCCGCCGCUCCCGGGGGGUCGCUGCCCCCCUCCAGCCUGGCACGAGCCGGCGCCGUUCCAGUCAUGGUGCCAGCACAGAGCCGAGCUGGCUCCUUGGUGUGAGCACCCCCCGAAAACAGGGGUGCCCACGGCCAGCCCAUCCCACUCCCUGUUUCCCGGGGUGGUUUUGGUCCCUUUUUGGGUUUCCUUUUCUUUUUUAACAGAUGCCUCGAGCAGCUGGACUCAUCGUGGGUGCGUUUAAUGGGUGCAGGGCUCUCUGGGUUUGGAGGGACCGAGUCUCCCCGUAAAUAUCAUCCCCAAACCAGCCCCAGCCCUGCCUCAGGGGGGUCCCCUUCUUAUGAUUUUUUUUUUUUUCUAUAUCUAUAUAUCAGGUGAAAUGAGGGAUUUUUCAUAAAAGAAAGUAGGGGUGGGGGGAGGGGGGUG